AACUUUUUUUUGUUGUUGUUGUUGUUGCUCGAGAGACCCCUCCUGCUGUAGAGAUGAUGCUUGUAACUGGCUGCAAUGUAGUAGUGGCAGCCUCAGUAACACGUCCCCCUGGAGACUAGCAGGAGCAACACGUGAUGUGUCUACUUAUCAGGUUUAGGGAGAGGAGAGAGCAGCACUGUUAGAGACCGAGUGAGAGAGGAGUGCGAAAUAAGAGGCUUUUUCAGUCUCCCACUCUUUCUUUCCAUCUUCCGUGCUCAGGAAGAAAACGGGAGAAAGGGAAAUAAUAAGUUAGUAAACUUUGCACAUCCUCAGAAACGCCAUUUUGAUUCCUUUCCGGAACAACUUUGCAGCUUUUUUUUUUUUUUUUUUUUUUUUUUUUCAUCUUGUAAGUCCAUCAUCACCAUUCACCAUCAUCAUCAUGUCUCGGCGCAAACAGCCCAACCCCAACAAAGUCAAACUAAUGGAAAAUGCAGCUGAAGCCAAGGCAGAUGUUGAGGUUACUCCCGCUACAGCUCUGGCUGGUGAAUCUACAAACCAGAAAGAAAGUCUUGCCACAGCACAGGCUGGAAAGGACAGUGGAGGUAAGAACUGUAAAUCUCUUACCCCAGCCAAUGAAAAUGGAGUUGGACCCAGCAGUUCCGAUGGUGUGGACCUGUCCUCCAUCAAUGCCAUGAUGUCAACAGUAAUGGGUGUGGGGACGAUCGAUGGCAACAGCGAGAACUCACCACUUAAAACUCCAACAAAAUCUCCUGGGCCAAACCGCACUGGCAGACGGAACCAGGAAACCAAAGAAGAAAAGUCCUCAUUUAUUUGUCCUUUGUGUGAAAAGAACUGCAUGACACAACACCAGCUAACUAUGCACAUUCGACAGCACAACUCUGACAGUGGUGGCGCAGACCACUCGUGCAGUAUCUGUGGGAAGUCGCUGAGCUCAGCAAGCUCCCUGGAUCGCCACAUGCUGGUGCAUUCUGGAGAAAGGCCUUACAAGUGUAGUGUCUGUGGCCAGACCUUUACCACCAACGGCAACAUGCACAGGCACAUGAAGAUCCAUGUGAAGGACCCCAGCACUGCAGCCCCCAGCCCCCCCUCUCCAAUGAAGCGCAGGAGGCUGUCAACCAAGAGGAAGCUGAGCCACGAGGGGGAGCCUGUGAAGGAGGAGGAGCCGCUAAACAAGAAGGUAGCAGCAGAGAGCCUUGCAGACGAGCAAGAAACUAAAGCAGACAAAGAAUUAUUGCACUGUCCCAUCUGCUUCAAGACAUUUAUAUGCAAAUAUGGGCUAGAGACACACAUGGAGACUCAUCCUGAUACCACACCCAGGUGUGACCUGUGCUGCAUCACAUUCCGUACCCAUCGUGGUCUGCUGCGACAUAAUGUCGUUAUCCACAAGCAGCUCCCCACAGACCCUUCAGGCAAGCCAUUCAUCCAGAACAACCCCUUGCUUCCAGUGGGCUUCAAUGAUCUGGCAUUCAUUGACUUCUCCUGUCGAAAAUUUCCAAACAUCGCCCAGGUCUGGUGCGAAACAAACCUGAGAAGAUGCACUAGCAAAUUUCACCGGUUUGUUUGUGAAACGUGCAAUAAGGCUUUCCCUCUGCAAUCAGCCCUUGGCCUCCACUUGGAAACCCACAAAGGACCUCAAGAAGGCGGCAAAACCAAACCCAAGAAGGACUCUUCAGCUCAAGUGGAAAAGAAGAGCUUCAUGGCAUCUCUGGGUUUGCAGCACAUCUCGGAAGUAAAACCAGCCGAGGAGGACGAGAUGUGUGCUGAGCUGGAGAAUAUCAAAGUAAUACGGGUUGAACCGCCCAAGUCUAACCUACCUCAGGAGGCCAACUGCGCCACCGGGAUGAACCUUCCUCUCCCGUCACAGUUCGCUCAGAACAACAUGAACGUUCUGUCGCUGCAACCCUUUCAGAAGGGCUUCAUCAUCCAUCCCGAUAACAAUAUAGUGGUGAAGCCCAUCUCCAUUGAGUCAGGGGUGGAACUGGCUGACAUCCAACAGAUCCUCAAGAUAUCUUCCUCUGCGCCUACACAUAUCAGUCUUCCCCCUCUUUCCCAGGCCCCUCCCACUCUGACACAGUCUAUCUACAAGCAGAUGCCAACUCUGAAGCCAAAGCCUUUGGUGACCCCCCGUACAAUGGUGACAGCCUCCACCCCGCCCCCUCUCAUGAAUGCCCAGCAGGCCUCACCAGGCUGUAUCAGUCCUAGCCUACCCCCUCCACCCCUCCAGCUCCUUAAGAGCCCAGUGGAGUCAUCCUCCAGCAACGAGAGCCUGCAACACCAGCCAGUGCAAGAACCCAACUCCUCUCAGCUGCAGGUUAAGACAGAGCCCACAGAGAUGAAGACACAGCUAGAAAAGGACAGCAUCAUCGAUGCCCUAAUGCCUAUGGAAGUUGAGAGGAAAAUCAAGCAGGAAGUGAGUGAGGAAGACCUUAAGGCCAUCAUGGCAGAGACAGCCAGCAAGAAGGGCUCGUGUGUAAGAAAAGGAGUUUACCCAUGUCGCUUCUGUGACCAGGUCUUUGCAUUCUCCGGUGUUCUCAGGGCUCACAUCCGCUAUCAUCUGGGCAUCUCACCUUACCAGUGCAACAUCUGUGACUACAUUGCCCCCGACAAGGCUACACUCAUCCGCCAUCUGCGUACACACAGCGGAGAGAGGCCCUAUAUCUGCCGCAUCUGCCACUACCCCUUCAGUGUCAAAGCAAAUUGCGAAAGGCACCUACGCAAGAAACAUAUGAAGGUCACGCGCAAGGAGAUUGAGAAGAACAUUGAGUAUGUGUCCUGCUCCACAACUGACCUGCCCGAGACUAUGUGCACCGUCCCUGAGACUGCUUGCCGGUACUGCGGGAAUGACCUCAAGAACUACCGGGCUCUGCAAAUCCACAUGAGAACCCAUAACGGGUGUCAGAAGAAGCCAUUUGAGUGUAAAGAGUGUGGUGCUGCCUUCUUGGCCAAGAGGAAUUGUAUUCACCACCUCCUCAAGCAACACCCUCAAGUUCAAGAAAAAGAGAUUGAGGACCACAUCUCUACCACAGAUCCGACUGCUGAAGUGAACAAGGCUGGGUCCCCCACACCUAACCCCAACCCCAGUGAGCAGUCAUCCUACCCUCUUCCCCAGAACGGACUGGUUUCGGGUGGUUUUAUCCCGCACCCUAUCAAGAUUGAGCCUGUGAGCUGCUUCUCUGCAGACCUGGAUCAGCCUCUGGAUUUUUCCAACAAGAGCAAAAGCUCUGGAUUUGUUACCAUCCAGCAGGAGAGCCGCAUUCACUCGCCCCAGCUCUCCCGGUUUCAUGACAGUUCCAUGGAGCCCAUUGACCUCUCUAUCCCAAAGAGCACUGGUAAAAUGACAGCAGAAUCACCAACAGAGAUUAAGAAAGAGCAGCCCUCGUCUGUGACUGACUAUCUCUUCCCAUCCCACACAGUUUUCCUAGGGAAAAGUGACCUGGACAAACCCAUGGUGGCGAAAAAUUCCCAAGCCACUUUACAAGCCCCAUUUCAGCUCUCUCUUCCCAUGGCUUCUUCGGUUGUGAUUAACAACUCCACACUGCUACGACCCAUAAGGCCCAAACCAUUGCCGUCUAAGCCUGGCAUGUCAAAGGAGUUACCCCCCUUGGCUUCCAUAGCUCAAAUCAUCUCCUCUGUGUCCUCUGCUCCUGCCCUCCUGAAGAGAGAAGCUCCCACUGCUAGUACCAAUGCAGUCAGUGGCACCCCAGAAACAGAGAAGAAUGCAAAACUGAAGGGACUGCUCUCAGUCACUCCAAUGCACUCUGAUGCUCCUAAUGAUCCCAGUCUGUUGGCCGACAGCCCAGAUGCUUCCCAGGAUGACUCUCCAUUGUGCAUGUCUAAGAAAAGGGGCAAAAAGAGAGCAACAAGAAACAAACCCAAAGCCACCAGCACCAAUGUGGUGGACCUGGAGUCCAGUGGAGAGUUUGCCAGCAUCGAGAAGAUGCUUGCAACCACUGACACCAAUAAAUUCAGCCCAUAUCUGCAGUGCACCUCAGACAUCAAAGAAGAGAUGGACAGGAGGAAUAUGAGCAGCGAGGAUGAGAAGGAGGUGCCAGAUGAAAAGCUUAUGAAAGGGAAGAAGAAUGCCUAUUCCAACUCCCUACAGAAGAUCACCUGUCCCUUUUGCCCCAGAGUCUUUCCAUGGGCCAGCUCACUGCAGCGCCAUAUGCUGACUCAUACAGGCCAGAAGCCCUACCCCUGUCCAAAGUGUGAUGCCUAUUUUUCCACCAAGUCUAACUGUGAGCGCCACCUGUUGCGUAAACAUGGAGUUGCCAAUCGCUCGUUGAGAAGAAAUGGCGCGAUCCCCAAAUCUAAAGUUGAUGAUGAAGGAUCACAAGAAAGUGCAGAGAGUAAUUCGGAACCAGAAUUGACAUCAGAAGAUGUACUCGAUCUGACCACUUGUCAAAAGGAGCAUGCAGAGUGUCUGCAAGGAAAUUCAGAAAACAAGGAUGAACCGAAGGACGCUGCUGUUGAAGAGCAAGAGCCUGAUGAAAUGGAGACUGACCCCAGGCCCCAGACAGAGGACCCAGAAGAUGACACCCAAAGCAACAAAAGCCUGGACUUGAAUUUUGCAAGCAAGCUGAUUGACUUCAAGCUGUCUGAAGGAGACCAGAGUGGUGGCUGCAGUUCCCAAGAUGACACAAAACACACAUGUGGCAGCUGUGGAAAGAGCUUCAAAUUCGCUGCUACGCUGACCCGCCAUGAGAAAGUGCACUCAGCCAAGGGCCAGGACAAAGGCAGGAGUGGGAGAAAAUUAACCAGGAAGUCUGCUGAGGCUACUACAGAUGACGUGGCUCAGGAGACAGAUACAUUCAGGGAGAAGGAGGCUGAGAGCCUGGAAAGAACAAAGGAAAACACCUUGGGAGCUGAAAGGGAAAGCGAGGAGAACGUCAGCUGUGCGGAGAGUGCUUCAGAGGAUGAGUCGCCGACAGAGAAAGCAAAUGACGAGAAAAGCGACGAAGACAGCAGCAACCAGAAGGAACCAAAGACAGGUGGGGCCGGAGGAACAAAUAAAGCAGACAAGAGGAAGAAAAUCUGCAGUGUUUGUAACAAGCGAUUUUGGUCCCUGCAGGAUCUGACACGACACAUGAGAUCUCAUACAGGUGAGAGACCCUACAGAUGCCAGACGUGUGAGCGCACUUUCACACUGAAGCACAGCCUGGUGCGACACCAGCGCAUCCACCAGAAGAUGCGUGGGAGUGAAGAGGAGGGGGCCGGCAGCGAGAGCGAGUCGGCACACAGUGGCACCAGCCCACCCUCUGAGAACGAGUGCGAGAUCAUCACCAGCAUUACUACCCUGGAUGAGCCGUCGACAGGCACCUCGACUGCCGCCGCCACCACCACCACCGCCAGCCAGCCUUCACCUAGGGCUGAGAAAUCCUCGGAGCAAGAGGGGGAGGCAGAGGAGGCGGAGGAAGAAAUGGGGCAAGGUCAGAGUGAGUCUGCAACCAAGUCUGCCGCUGAGACACCAAGCAACUUCAUUCAAGAUCUGCUGGACAUGCACAGCAAGCCCACUAUAAAUCACAUCCUUCCAUCCAACGAGCCUGCACCACAUCUUUUGGAAGUAGAGUGACUGCAAUACCUGUGUGAAUAUUCAGAAAGCACUGCUUUUAUUUCUGCUACAGCUGGCAAUAGGAGUAGAUACACAGUGCCAUAAAUGUUAUGUCAAAAACUGUGGACUGUAUUCUGUUUGGAGUGCCUUACUACUUUUCUAGAUCUUUGUAUCAAAUAAAAUAUUAUGAAUAUAAUUUUUUUAAAUAGCAUUUUAUGUAAUUUUCCUAAAGAAAUGAACUUAUUGAAGCAUUAAGAAUGAUUUA